AUCAGCUUAUCGUGGUGAAUAUAAUCAGCGACUACAGCUGCUGAUGAAUGAACAUGCAGUAGUGAGGUGUAAAACAUAGCAAAACGUAAAAUUUCUGCGUUUAUCGCAAAAAACCGCAACAAAACAAAUGCAAUAAACAUUUAAGCUACAAGCAAAUAAAAGUGUAAACAUGAAAAUAAUUAAAAUCGCUAGAACAUAAGCCAAUUGUAAAUAUAAUAGAGGUAGUAUUUCAACCGGUAAAUACCAAGCGAAGGCCCAAAAAAAAAAAAAAUGCCAGCCACAAUGGAAGGCAAAGUAGUAGUAGGAGUAUGUUGAAUAAGUGUGUGUAGUGUGUAGUUGUACGAAGCAGCGUGCAAGCCGAAACUGGCAAACUGAAAAGAAGAAGCGGAGUGAAAAACAAGAGAAAAAAACAGAAACAAGUGCAAUCUAGUGAAAACAAUAAACGACAAAAAUAAAAGGAAAAUGAUACGCGAUCCACAAAUAAUACAGUAAUCUAAUUGUGCGCGAGACAAAGAGAAAACAAACGCCGGGCAUGUUAAAGCACCAGCUGACGGAGCAACAACAACAACUGCAGGGGGUAGUCGGGAGAGGAGCAGACCGAGGAGGAGCAGGAGCAGUGGGCAGCUGCAUUAAAGAGCAGUAAUAAUAAUGUUGCUGGCAUCAGCUGGGCAAACGGCGCCCUUCACCUACGACUCCAGUGCCACACGAAAAAUCAACAGCAACARCAACAAUAGUGGCAAUACGAGCAGCAGCAGCAACAAUGUUAGCAAUGUCGGUGCAGGCAAGAGCACACCCAAUCAAUCAAUUGGAGGAGCGGGCACGUUGGCGGCAUGUCCAGCUAGCGCGAGCAGCAUUGCCAGCACUGCGGCCACUGCGAUAAUGAAAACGCUCUCUGUGCGUCUGCAUCGGGGCACCGAAUUCAUCAAGGACACUGUGCAAAAGGCUCUGGUUAUGAAUGGACCAACUCCUGUGUUAGCGUCUCAGUUGGAUAACAGUUUCAAAAGGAAACUAUUAGGUGCCGGUGGCAUCAUGGGCACCAGUGGUACCUCCAACUCCAACUCCAGUACCAGUUCCGGUUCUAGUACCAGCAGCAGCAGCAGUAGCAAUCGUCACUUUGUGCUCAGCCAGCCAUAUGUAUUCCCAACGGCUGAUUUUAUGCGGCAGUACACGGUGCCGCCAGGUGUGCUGCAUCGCUCGGCAUCGGCACGGAAGCGGAAUGCCAGUACGGACAGCUUACUCAUGGAUCUGUGUGUGUUCAAGCCCAUUCGGCCCAUGCCCAUAACACCCAUAAAAAUUAACAAAGCACGCGGCUUCGAACUGAAGCGACCUAAAUUUGUGCCGCCCGCCGCCAAUAUGUAUAGUGAUGUCGACGAUGAUGAUGACGAAGAUGAGGAGGAACAAGAGCAGUGCGAGGAGGAUUUAGUUCGUAAGGAACAGGAGCUUAUAUUUAAGCCAAAGCUCAGUACACUGUCAUUGCCACAACAUGCCACCGCAUCCGCUUUUGUGCCACAUGAAGCCAACAGCAACAGCAGCAGCACCAGUUGCACUCAACCAACACCAGCCCAUACCAAGGACAACAGCAACGCAGACACCUCAGGCACAGGCGCAGGCUCAUCCGAAGUGAAAGCCAAGCCAACCACUAAGCGUCGACGUCGUGCGCCGCUUUUAACAGGCAAACGACGUCGCAAAGCAGGCGGAGCAGCAGCAACAGCAUCAGCAACUGAUGAAUCAGCAGCCACCGUCACCGCUAAAGCAACAUCUGCCGCUGCAUCAUCCAAACGCAAACGACGUGCCGCAACCAAGAGCACUUCCAUAUCGCCAAUACGUCGAUCACCGCCCAUGACUCGCCAACGUGCGCGUUUACAGAUCUCCACCAGCAACAACUAAACACUACCACUCCCAUCUCCCUCCAUCCAUCUGUUUCAUUCUCUGUUUGUGUCUAGGUUUAGUCAGUGGAACGCCGAGUAAUUCAAUGCCCAAAACGGUGUAUCAUAUAGAGAAAGAGAA